UGAUUUUCAACGCUUUCCCCUCUGUUUCUGUGGGCUGGUGUUUGUAUGGUGGAUGCCCGUGAUUGGUCAAUAGGUGUUGUUCUGACUUUGUCGGACACAGGACUGACCCACCUCCGCACACUGGCCUAGCUUGUAGUUUCUGAACCUAGAACGCUGCAGAGCGGUUUUUUUUAAACAACACGUUUGCAAAGAGAAAGACACAGUGCUGUCUCUGAAGGUUACUAUUCAAUAGGAAAAAAAAAUGCUUUCCACGCGAGAGGCGCAGAGGAACGUGCAGCAGCAGAGCUGGGAGCGCAGCAGCAGCAGUUCCCAUCAGGGUGCAGAAAAAAGGAGAUCUCUCGAGGGCAGAGCGCACAAAGUCCACCUGGAAGCUGGGGCCCAGGAGGAGACCUGGGAAAUGGCCCAGAGGAGGGGACCUGUGCAGGUUCAGAGUGUGCCUGGCCCACAGGUUCAGCUUGCAGUGAUCCGGACAGCUCUGAGGAAGAGGACCGUGUCCCACCCAAGGAAGAGGAGGAAGGUUAGCUCCUCUGGCUGUACAGAGAAAGGGCAGCUGAAACUGUCACUCAGUACAGAGGAUGGGGUUAUUGUUCUUCAUAUCAUGGAAGCCAAAGGGCUGAUGGGUAAAGAAUACAGGACUUGUGAUUCUUACGUUAAGAUGGCUCUUGUACCUGAUACUGACCGCAGCAGUCGUCAAAAGACAAAGACUGUUCCAGACUGCAGAAUCCCAGUGUUCCAUGAGCUGUUCAGAUUUUCAGUAAAAGAUGGAGACUAUCAGAAAAGGCUUCUGGUUACAGUCUGGAAUCGUGACAGAAACUCCAGGAAAAGUGAGCUGCUGGGAUGCAUGAGCUUCGGGGUGAGCUCUUUAAUUGCGCAUGAAAAGGAAAUCGGUGGCUGGUACUAUCUCCUGGGAGAAGAGCUGGGAAGGACGAAGCAUUUGAAAGUGGCUGCACGGCAUCGCAAGCAGCGUCAGGAAGCUCCAAACCAUGCAGCACACACCGAGAGAAGCCCUGAGAAUAUGGACAGCUUAACGGUUACAAUCCUUCGAGGAAAGGAUGGCUACGGAUUCACCAUCUGCUGUGACUCUCCAGUUAGAGUACAGGCAGUAGACCCAGGAGGUCCAGCUGACCAGGCAGGGUUACAGCAGUUAGAUACUGUAUUACAACUGAAUGGACAACCAGUGGAGCAGUGGAAAUGUGUAGAGCUUGCUCACACUAUAAGAAACAGCCACAGUGAGAUCACUGUUUCAGUGUGGAGGACGGUUCCUCAGAUCAAGCCAGGUUUUGAAAGCCUGAUCCGGCCGUCGAACAAGUGCAACUACAACCCUCGGUCUCCGCCCAGCAAGAGGGAGAAGAACUACAGCAGGCAGCCAGUCCCCUCGGAGCAGAGGCAGAGCUGCCACAUACUGUAUAAUGGGACUGACUACAGCAGCCAGCCAGUGCCCUCAGAGCAGAGGCAGAGCUGCCACAUACUGUAUAAUGGGACUGACUACAGCAGCCAGCCAGUGCCCUCAGAGCAGAGGCAGAGCUGCCACAUACUGUACAAUGGGACUGACUACAGCAGCCAGCCAGUGCCCUCAGAGCAGAGGCAGAGCUGCCACAUACUGUACAAUGGCACUGACCAAGGCUCUCGUAACGGCUGGGCCCAGCAGGAACAGGGAGAGAGUAAAACAGCCCACACUGUGCAGGGCCCCCGCGUGGCAGCUUCAGGAGACCAGAACUACAUCCUGCUAGCCCCAAUAAACCCAGGCAGCCAGAUCCUGCGGCCUGUGUUCCAGGAGAAUCGUGGUACUCUUGGAAGGGUUUAUAGAGGGCGUGCUCAUGGGGGAUUGCAACGAAGAUCGACCCUUAUUGGAUCUACUACAAACAUGUCAAAAACACCUGUCCACACUCUGAAGAACUACGCAGAUUAUCAGAACUGCACCAUAGUUCGAUCUCAUAUUCCUCACACCAGCUAUGGGACGUACGUGACACUGGCACCAAAGGUUUUAAUCUUCCCAGUCUCUGUACAGCCUCUGGAUCUGUGUAAUCCUACAAGGUCUCUUGUCUUAUCUGAAGAGAUGAUUUUGCAUGAAAGCAAGCAUCAAUCUAUCAAGGUGACUGUUUUCAUCUACACUGAUCUGAUGCUGCUCACCACAGAAGAUGAGCUGGGCCGGUGCAACGUGCUGCAGAACCCUCUCUUCCUUCAGCACCUGAAGCUGCAGGAGGAUUCCUCCGAGGAUCUGAAGUUUUACCUCAUCCACGUCACAGAGAAGUCGGAUUGCUUAUUAAGUUUGGAAUCCUAUUCGGAAAAGCAGAAGAGGAGGGUUUGCCAGUGCCUGAAGGAGAGCAUUGAAAAGCAGUAUCAGGAGAGAGCACCACCUGCUGCAGAGGACAAGAUGCUCGAGCCAAAGGUAGGUGAACAUGGAGAGAUGGCCUCUGAGGAGGACAGGGUGUCCGGGAGCAACGUGGAAGCUCUGGCAAGCGGGAAACUGGACGGUGAGAAUACACCCGAAGAGGAGAAAACCUCUCCAACACCUCCGACUCCAGCAACAACUCCAACCCCGGCAACAACUCCAACCCCGGCAACAACUCCCACCGAGGACAGCAAGAGCAUGGAGGAGGACUCUGAGAGCUGCAGGGGUGACCAAGAGGAGAACAUGAGGGGGGGUGGUGAGGACCGGGGUGCGAGGGGGGGCGGUGAGGACCGGGGUGCGAGGGGGGGCGGUGAGGACGGGGGUGCGAGAUGUGGGGAUGAGGACGGGGGUGCGAGGGGGGGUGCCAGAGUGCAGACGCACUGUCAGCACCGCAGGAUGGAGUGA